CUUUAAAAACUAUACAUGAAUUUAGGAAGUGAUUGGGUCUGUGAUCUCAAUAUUGUUUUUUAUAACCCUUUCCCGGCUUGUUUGGAACACGGGAUAGCAUUUUCAAAUAUGGGAAGAGUGGGUACAAAGUUGUGGAAGAAGUGUGUUCCACCAAGCACUGCAAGAAAGAUGGCUGCUAACACAGAAGAUCACAAGGACAUGGAUGCUCAAAUCCAGGAAAAAACAAUCACUUCUCUAACGGAGGAUUUGAAAACUAAGGUAGAUUCUGAAGAGAAGCAAGAGAAUGUUCUUGACAAAAAUGAGAAAGAUGAUAAAGAAGAAAAUCAUCAAAAUGGUCUAGAAGAAGUUCAAGCUUCUGAUAACAUGAAUGAAGAAAAGAGUAUCUCUGAGGAAAGGGCACAACCAGAUGAAUCCAUGAAAGCAGAAAAUGUUAGUUCUACUGAAGCAGGCCCACAGGCUAAUGAUACAAGUAUCAAUGAAGAAGAAAAGAAAAAUGACAAUACAGAUGGAAAGAACAAAGAUGAGGCCCAAAAGAAGGAUGAAGGCUUGGGUUCUGCUGUGGCAAAGCAUUACAAUGAAAUACCGGCUGGGACAAAAGAACUUAGGAAAGACAGUCGAAUCUUUCAUCUAAGAAGCUUUAAUAAUUGGAUUAAAAGUGUUAUGAUCAAUGAGUUCCUGCAAAAAAUUAAAAGGAAAAAACGUACAUCUGACGAUGUGAAUGUACUUGAUUUGGCUUGUGGAAAAGGCGGUGAUCUAUUGAAAUGGCAAAAAGGACGAGUCGAUCAUGUGAUUAUGGCAGAUAUUGCUGCCAUAUCAAUCGACCAAUGCAAAGAGAGAUAUGCCAGAUUGGAGAAAGAUCAGAAUCGCAGUCGGCACUCAAGGGAUCCUUUGUUUACCAUCGAAACUUUUGCUGAAGAUUGCACAAAGGUUGUUUUAACGGAAAAGUUCAAGAAACCGGAGAUUAAACUAGACUUGACAAGUUGUCAAUUUGCGUUUCAUUACUCGUUUGAGAGUUACCAGCAAGCAGACACUAUGCUUAAGAACGCGUGUGAGAACCUUCGUGUGGGUGGAUAUUUCAUCGGUACAACACCUGACGCACAAAAGCUUGUAAAACAUAUUAAAACCUGCAAAGCUGAUUCGUUUGGAAACUCAGUAUACAACAUAAAACCCGAGGAUAAAGAGAAGUUUCCAUUGUUUGGAGCUAAAUACAUGUUUUACUUAGAAGGUGUGGUCGAUUGUCCAGAAUUUUUAGUUUACUUCCCUGCUUUGGAAAAGAUGGCUGAAAAGUAUAAUAUGAAACUUGUGUGGAAGAAAAAUUUCCAUCAAAUGUUUAAGGAAUACGAAAGAGAAUAUUCAUCACUACUACAAAAGAUGAAUGCAAUGGAGCAAUAUCCUGCUCCUUCCGACAAAGCUCUCACUGGUGGCAGUGAAUCUCAAUAUAAGUCUGCUAAAGACUACAUCGAUAAGAAAGGUAGUAAGCACACUGUCGUUGGAACGCUUUCCGCUGACGAAUGGGAAGUGGCUGGUUUGUAUUUGGCUUUUGCCUUCGAAAAAGUUGAACCGGCGAGGGAAGGGAGGUCAACAGAGCGAGAAGACAGAAAGCGUCAUCGAAGUGAUCGAAGCAAAGACAGCAGCAAAAGUCGGAGUGCUCACCGUCAUGACGACAAACGUAGAUCUGGUAGUUCGUCAGCGAAAAGGUCUAAAAAAGAAUCGGAAUCAGAGGAAGUGUACGAGGUGAAAGAUGAAAUCUACGAAGAUGAAACGGAAAAAACUGACGCUGGCACAGAAAAAACAUCCGAGGAAACGCCUUCGUCUACUACCGAAACACCUGUGGAGGAAAAAGUCACCGCACCUAUGGAGGAGAAAGUAACUGCGCCUGUGGAGGAGAAAGUCACUGAAGAAACCAAAGAAACAACAGAACAGCAAGCAAGCAUAAUUGAAAACGUUACCGAGGAAACUGGUACUGAGGUUGUCGACGAAACCAAGAAAUAUGACGUCGAGGUUGCUCAAGAAGUCAGCGAAAAAGAUGCUUAAUGCGCAUGCCUAAACCGUUCCUAUUUUAAAAUCGCUUGUUGAAAGUCAGUCCGCUUAGUUCGUGUUUGGAGUAUGCAUUUGGUUUAGAAACUUUGCGCAAAGAGAAAUCCGCAAUGCUAGAAAGUAAUUUCACGUGAUGAAGAAGAGAGAAAUCUAGUUUUUGUACGUGUGUGAACUAGGAAAUUUUGAUAUAGAAUAACGUGUCUGUCAAUAGUCGCUGCUACUGCUGAUAAGUCGUUAGUUAAAAUGCCUAAAAAAAGAUUGCUUUAAAUUUUAAA